AAUGCCAUGUCUUGUACCAAAAUCAAUCUUCCCCCCGAGCAGGAAAGUCACACUAGCUUUCAGGGGAUUGACAUCGACCAGUACGAAGAGACUGUCCCAAGAUGGAAACGACUUUGGCAGCACAGCUUAACGCAGAUGAUUUUACUAAGUAUUCAGGCCUUCUGUGGACCAGCCAUGUCAGACGCAAUCACAGGUCUUGGUGGAGGUGGUCUUGCAUCUCCCCACGUGUCGAAUAUUGCGACCGCAAUCACAUAUGCCCUGCUAGCUGUCGUAUGUUUCUUGGGCGGGCCAUUAGUGAACAAAAUCGGUGUCAAGUGGGCUCUGGUUCUUGGUUCAAUGUCCUUUCCCAUUCAAGGCUCAGCGUACUAUUGUAAUAGCAAGUUUGGAAACCAGUGGUAUCUUAUUCUCAGUGGUGCAAUCAGUGGAAUUGGAACUGCUUGCUGGUAUGUCGCGGAAGCAGGUGCAAUUAUGACCCUUGCACCUUCUGGUGCCCGUGGAAAAUAUUUAGCUCUGUGGAUUGUAUCGCGAAAUCUUGGUCAGCUCGUGGGAGGUGCAAUCAAUAUCUCCAAGAACUAUCAAAAAGGAGUUGAGGGCGGAGUCUCUCCAGAUACCUAUUUGGCAUUCGUGAUUAUUGAAUCUGUUGCUCUCCCAUUUGCGCUGUUGAUAAUUCCCUUUGAACGUGUCAUCCGAUCUGAUGGGACCAGAAUCGUCAUAUCGAACCCUCUUUCUACCAGGAUGGAAUUGAAGCACAUUGCGAAGACAAUGAGCUCAAAGCUAAUACUACUUUCAAUGUUUUGGGCCUUAUGGUCGUUCUUUUAUAGUGGAACAUGGAGCACCUAUUUAGGAACCUAUUUCUCUGUGCGCGCUCGCGCGCUCUCAUCUCUCAUCUCGCCAUUCUUCUGCAUUGUCGGCUGUUUCGGACUUGGAUUCAUACUAGAUAUGAAGGGUGUCAGUCAGCGUCGUCGUGCCCAAUUUGGUCUUUUCACUGUCGUCAUUCUCAACACCGCAGUAUACAUUUGGUCGAUAAUCAUGCAAGUCAAGUUCAAUAAACAUGACCCUGGUAACAUAGAUUGGGAUGAUGCGUUAUACCCCUCAUCGUUUUUGCCAUACUUCUUUGUCCAGACUACUGGCCCAUUGUCACAGUCAUAUAUGUAUUGGCUCCUCUCAUCUUUUGCAACGGAUGCCCAGGAGAAUGUAAGGAAUGGUGCUGCAUUUAGGUGUAUCGAAGCGGUCGGCCAAGCUAUUUCGUACGGAAUGAAUACGCAAACGACAAAUAACCCACUGAUUGGAUUCUGUGUCUCCUUUGCUUUACUUGGGAUUGCUCUGUUCCCCAUGAUAACCUUGGUGAACACAACACCUGACCUUAUCCCAGCUGACGUAGUUGCCGAGCAGCAGAGUGCUGAUCUGGGAAAGACCGAGGUCAAUUAA